AUUAUUAUUAUUAUUAUUAUAGGCACGGUCUUGUGUUUAAUUGUUGCAAAUGAUAUAAACAACUAUUGUAAUUGGCUGAAGGGGUUUAUUCUUUGACGGAGAUCCCACUGUUCUGCACAGAAUGGUUAAUAUUUGAACACAGCGGUUUAUUCCUGGUUACUAACUGGCCAUGUAAAGAAGGGAAAUAAAAUCUGUUUCCUUGGAAACCCGAGACAUUGGAAUAUAUCGAAAGCAACAGCGAUCAACCACCAUUUUCUUCACCGGGACCGAGGUCCCAGUUGAUGGAUUCUAACAUGGACUAUGAAAGGCCAAACGUUGAAACUAUCAAGUGCGUGGUGGUCGGCGACAACGCCGUCGGGAAGACCCGCCUCAUCUGUGCCCGGGCGUGCAAUGCCACGCUGACUCAGUACCAAAUGCUCGCCACGCACGUGCCCACAGUCUGGGCCAUCGACCAAUACCGCGUCUGCCAGGAGGUCCUGGAACGGUCCCGUGACGUGGUUGAUGAGGUCAGCGUGUCCCUGCGUCUCUGGGACACAUUCGGGGAUCACCACAAGGACCGGCGCUUCGCCUACGGAAGGUCGGACGUUGUGGUGCUGUGUUUCUCAAUCGCGAACCCCAACUCCCUGCACCACGUCAAGACCAUGUGGUACCAAGAGAUCAAGCACUUCUGCCCCCGAGCGCCUGUCAUCCUGGUGGGCUGCCAACUGGAUCUCCGCUACGCAGACCUGGAGGCCGUCAACCGGGCACGACGCCCCCUAGCCAGACCCAUCAAGUCCAACGAGAUCCUAGCCCCGGAGAAGGGACGAGAGUUGGCAAAGGAGCUGGGGGUGCCCUACUACGAGACCAGCGUGGUGGCGCAGUUCGGGGUGAAGGACGUUUUCGAUAACGCCAUCCGCGCCGCCCUCAUCUCCCGCCGCCACCUGCAGUUCUGGAAGUCCCACCUACGCAACGUACAGAGGCCCCUGCUGCAAGCCCCCUUCCUGCCGCCCAAGCCCCCUCCGCCCAUGAUCACGGUGCCCAAGCCUCCGUCCACCAGCGAGGAGCACCCGGCCAGGCUGCUGGAAGACCCUCUCUGCGCCGACGUCAUCCUCAUCCUGCAGGACCAGCAGCGCAUUUUCGCUCACAAGAUCUACCUCUCCACCUCCUCCUCCAAGUUCUAUGACCUGUUCCUCAUGGACCUGAGCCCAGGGGCUGCAGGCUCUCCCAAUGGGGGGAGUCUCCAAACCCAAUUUCAGAACCAGAACCUGACCGGCAGGGAUCUUCUCAUGAGGGCUGCCAGCUUUGACGUGUGCGAGAGCAGUGACGAUGGAGACCGCUCCAACCUGAGGAUUUCCACCAGCGACGGGACGCUGAUAGGGGACAGCCGCGAGAGCGGCAGGAGGGGCCGGCUGCUCUCCUCCUGGAGCAGGGCCUUCGUGAGCAUCCAGGAGGAGCUGGUGGAUGACCCCGUGACCUACAGCCCGCGUCUGAUGACUGUGGUAAAGAUGGACCCCUCGGUGCAGCUAGCCCCGUUCCGCGCAGUCCUGCGCUAUCUGUACACGGGUCAGCUGGACGAGCGCGAGAAGAGGCUGAUGCACAUCGCGCACAUCGCCGAGCUGCUGGAGGUGUUCGACCUGCGCAUGAUGGUGGCCAACAUCCUCAACAAUGAGGGCUUCAUGAACCAGGAGAUCACCAAGGCCUUCCACGUGCGCCGUACCAACCGGGUCAAGGAGUGCCUGGCCAAGGGAACCUUUUCCGAUGUGGUCUUCAAGUUGGACGACGGGACGAUCCUCGCUCACAAGCCCCUCUUAAUCUCCAGCUGUGAUUGGAUGGCUGCCAUGUUCGGGGGUCCCUUCAUGGAGAGCUCCACGAAGGAGGUGCUGUUCCCCAACACCACUCGGAGCUGCAUGCGGGCCGUGCUGGAGUAUCUGUACACGGGGCAGUUCUGCUCGCGGCCUGACCUCGAUGCCAUGGAGCUCAUAGUGCUGGCAAACCGCCUCUGCCUGCCGCACCUCGUCGCCCUCACAGAGCUGUACACAGUGACAAUGCUGAUGGAGUCAGCGCUGAUGGGAGCUGACAUCGAUGGAGAUGUGCUGGUGUACCUGGAGAUGGCGCAGUUUCACUGUGCUCACCAGCUCACAGACUGGUGCCUCCAUCACAUCUGCACCAACUACAACAACGUCUGCCGCAAGUUUCCAAGAGAGAUGAAGGCCAAGUCCUCCGAGAACCAGGAGCACUUUGAGAAGCACCGCUGGCCGCCAGUCUGGUACCUGAAGGAAGACGACCAUUACCAGCGAGCCCGCAGGGAGCGCGAGAAAGAGGACUACCUCUGUCAGAAACGACAGGCCAAGCGCAAGUGGCUCUUCUGGAGCUCUCCUGCCUCCCCUUCCCCCGCCUCCUCCUCCUCCUCCUCCUCCUCCCCCCACAGCUCCUCUGCCGUCGUUUGAUUGGCUCUCGGAAGCUCCGCCUUCUCCCGGUAGACAGUCCAAGGGGGUGGGGAUGGGAGGGGAAGGGGGGUUUGUGGCUGUGGUGGUAAUGAUGCUCGCCAGCCCUGGGCUUUGAGAUCUGUGACCUUGGCCGGUGUUUGUCACUCUUCAGAAAGAGAGUCCCUGCAGCUGGUUUGUGAACUGGGGUGACAGGAGCCCUG